AUCGCCUCAAUCUGGUCUAAACAGCACUGAGCAACCCGGUCGAUCAAUUGCGGUAUCAUAACCGAGCAUCCGCCUGGCAUUCGAACACUUUUGUCCAACAGGAAACGGGGAAAACAGGGGAUCACAGGCAGCACGUCGCAUUUCUCUUACGCCAACAUGACUUUUUCCGCAACACCAGCCCUAGCGCUUGCUCAGCAGCAGCAGCAACAACCACUCCAAAGCGGCAUCGUGCGCAGUAUCCUCAGCGGCGACACGCUUGUUCUGAGACCCAAAGGCUCGACGAACCCCUCAGCGCAGAAGACCAUUCAUGUCGCGGGCAUUGCUGCGCCGAGGUUGGGUAGCAGAGAACGGGACGACGAGCCUCAAGCAUUUUCAUCCAGAGACUUUUUGAGACUCUUGACUGUCGGCAAAGAGGUCCGCUACCGGGUCGAGUACACCGUGCCCGUCCCAGGCGGUGGGUCGAGAGAGUAUGCGCAUGCCUUCCUACCACCUCGCGGUCCCGGUCUGCCGGAUAUGAACGUCUCCCACGAGAUUCUGCGCGCCGGCUGGGCAAAAGUGCACGACUCAAACUCGCGCCGCAACAACCCUUCGCUUCCGACCUCUGAGGAGGACGAGGAUGGCGGCUGGAAGGCUGUGCAGCGCAGCGUGCAGAACGAAGCGCAGGAAGAAGGAAGAGGGCUCUGGGGUCCCGACAGCCUGUGGAAGGUGUCACAUACCAUGCCGGAGGAUUCGGUCGCCUUCUUGAACGAGUGGAAGGGUGUCCCGAUUGACGGGAUCGUCGAGUCGGUCAAAGAUGGAAGCAUGCUUCGCGUCCGUCUCCUCCUUACUUCGCGCAACCACCAAGUCAUCAAUCUUAGCUUGGCUGGCGUCAAGGCGCCAAGGGUGAACGGCGCAGCGGAUCGCGGCAGCAGUGCCGGCGGAGAGCCGUUCGGACCAGAGUCGCUCUUCUUUGUCGAGAGCAGACUCCUCCAGCGUAACGUCAAGGUCCACCUGCUCUCCCUGCCGCAGACUAGCAGCGCUGCUCCCGGUACGCUCCUCUCUGGCAACCCGGCACCUCUGACGACAAGCUACGUGAUCGGCUCGGUACAGCACCCUGCAGGUGACAUUGCGCAAUUCCUACUGUCCCAUGGCCUCGCGAAGCUUGUCGACUGGCACGCAGGCUUCGUCAACUCUGCUUUCCCAGGAGUGAUGGAGAAAUACCGCGCCGCUGAGCGUGGCGCCAAGGAGAAGCGCGCGGGUAUCUGGUCCAACUGGACCCCGCCUGCCGCUGCGGCGACGGGCUCCAGCCAGACCAACGGAGCGAACGGGCAUGCAGCGUUGGGUGCCCGGGUGCCAGGCAAGCAGUUCGAAGGCGUCGUCUCUCGCAUCGUCACACCCGAGUCGUUCAUCAUCAAACCGCUCAGCGGAGGCGCCGAGCAGCGCAUAUUUCUCUCGUCCGUGCGUCAGCCGGCGCCGCGCGAAGCUAACCUUGCAGGCUACGGCCAGGAGGCGCGCGAGUUCCUGCGCAAGAAGCUCAUCGGCAAGCAUGUUCGCGUGCAUGUCGACUACGUCAAGCCAAAGGAGGGUGAAUUUGAGGAGAAGCACUGCGCGACCAUCCAGGCGAUCCGCGCAGGCGGUGGGCAGAGCAGCAAAGAACCCGGCAGCAUCAACGAGCAGCUUAUCUCCCGCGGCCUCGCGACAGUCCAGCGGCACCGCAAGGAUGAUGAGGACCGCUCGUCCGAGUUCGACAAGCUCAUCAACGCCGAGGCUGCCGCGAUCAGCGAGCAGAAGGGUGUGCACAGCGGCAAGGAGAACCCACUCGUGCGCGUCCCGGACUGCUCGGAGAACGCAGGCAAAGCGAACAGCUACUUGCCUUGCCUCAAGCGUUCCGGUAAAGUCGCGGCUAUCGUCGACUUUGUCGCAGGCGCGAGCAGACUCAAGCUCUUCGUCCCGCGCGAGAACGUCAAGAUCACCCUCGUCCUUGCUGGCAUUAAAGCGCCGAGAACUGGUCGCAACGCGAAUGAGAAGGACGAGCCGUUCUCGCGAGAGGGCCUUGCGUACAGCACCGAAAGGCUUUUGCAGCGAGACGUGGACAUCGAGGUUUAUGGCACCGACAAGGUCGGAGGCUUCAUCGGCGCCGUUUUUGUAAACCGGACCGAGAACAUCGCAGUUGGCCUCGUCGAGAAUGGGCUUGCGGAGGUGCAUGCGUACAGUGCUGAGAACGUCAGCUUUGGCGCUCAGCUGAUGGCAGCAGAGACCCAAGCCAAAUCGCAAAAGAAGGGCAUGUGGCACGACUUUGUCGAAGCGGUCAACGAAGCCGAAGCGCCAGCAGCGAGCAGCAGCGUCCAGAAUGAUUUGGGCUCCGCGCACGCUGCGCCAGCUCGGAAGGAGUAUGUCGACGUCAUCAUCUCAGAUGUGCGUGGUAAUGGUUCCGACGUUCCCUUCGGCUUUGCCGUCCAGGUCCUUGACGACAAGAUCUCCCAGCUGGAAACGCUCAUGAACGACCUUGCGCUCGCGCAUCGGUCUGCGCCGCCAUCAGCACCGAUCGGCUUCGCACCGCGCUCUGGCGAUCUUGUCAGCGCCAAGUUCAGCGCUGAUGGCUGCUGGUACCGCGCUCAGAUCCGCCGCUCGCACCCGUCCACCAAGACGGCGAGCAUCGUGUACAUCGACUAUGGCAACAUGGAGGAGGUCAGCUGGAAAGACAUGCGUCCGCUCGACAUUACCCGCUUCGGCAAAGGCAGGCUGUCUCCACAAGCGCAGGAAGCACGGCUCAGCUUCGUCAAGUUGUACGAAGGCAAGAGCACCGAAUACGCCCUUGAUGCGCUGGACCGUUUCCGCGAAGCCGCUGAGGGACGCAAGCUGAUCGCCAACAUCGAGAUGCGCGAGGCUGCGACCAUGUCCAACGGCGGAGUACCUCGUUUACACUUGACGCUCUACGACCCUGCGGACCCCAAUGUCGGCAACCCUGCAUCCUGCAUGAACAUGGACCUCGUCCGCGAGGGCUGGGCGCUCGUCGACCGCAGCGUGCCUUACGCCAAGUCGCAACCGAACAUGAUCACCGCUUUCGCUGAUGCCGAGGCGGAGGCGAGAAAGACGCGCUCUGGCAUUUUUGUUUACGGAGACCCCACAGAGGAUUGAUUUAUUUGUGAAGGUAAAUCAAGAAGUCAUUAACAACAACAAUAACAAUAGCAGCAGCAGCAGUAUCUCAUCAAAAGUAUUCGGGUAUCAGAUGCAGCCCACUCAUUCACUCAAUGUAGCACGAAAGCAGCAGAGCAACAUGCAGUGCAUACAAUCGUGACGCAAA